UGACGCGUGACUAAUUGGUAGCACUGUUUCCUCAGUCGCCAUCUUACUUUCAGUUUGAUAGCUUGCUGUUUGUGUGCUCUUUUGGUUUAUAAUAAGUUAAUCUGAGUGUUAAAAAUGCCGAAGGUGGUAAAAAGUGUUAAAAGACAAACUAUUCUUCAAGUUUACGCAUUUUGUGAGAAAGAAAAGACUGAGAACAAGCUGAUUAUUCCAUUGCAACAAGUUCGUGCCCGAGUUGCCGCCAUGACCGAUGUAUCCGAAUCUACUGUGACCAGGAUUUUGAGACAAGAAAGAGAGUCCAGUUCUGUUUCGGGUGUGCCUGGUCCGUCAAAAGUAACGACACCAGGAAAGACGCGACCAAAUCGCGAUAAGAAGAUCAAGAUUGAUGACUUCGAUGCUAGUGCAAUUCGACAAAAAAUUAUGUCAUUUUACGCUGUAAGAAAAGAAAUCCCUACAUUAAACAAAUUACUUGUCGAAUUACGAGAGGAAAUAAAUUUUGAAGGUGGGCGUACUACACUAUGGAAAAUAUUAAAACAACUUGGAUAUAAAUAUAAAAAGUGUCAAUCAAAACGAAAAAUGUUAGUGGAGCGAACAGAUAUAGCUACCUGGCGAUUUAAUUAUUUAAGUGAAAUUAAAAAAUACCGAGAAGAGGGGCGGACUAUAGUUUAUUUAGACGAAACUUUUAUACAUUCGUCAUAUAGUGUGCAAAAAUGUUGACAGUCAGAGUCUGAAGAAGGUGCAUUGGUCAGAGAUUAUGGUAUGGGUAGGCGAUGGAUAAUUGCACACGCAGGAACUACAGAUGGCUUCAUUAAUAAA